CCAUCUCUCCCCAGGCAGCCAGCCGCAGCCUCAUCGCAGACAGCCUCAUCCGCCGCCAUCCCGUUGUCCAAGCCCAAAGUUCUAAACGGGAAUGCCGCCAGGCCCAACGUCGGUUGGCCCCUCCCACGGGCCCUUGCUUGGGAUGCGAUGCACACCAUUCCCGGCACCCCGCUCCCGUCUGGCUUGCUUGCUUGCUUGCUUCUUCUCCUACGUUUUGCGACUCUUCGAUGCUUCUCGCGAGUGGAGGCCGCUGGCCGGGGUAUGACCAUCUCCCCGUGCCUGUGACAUGUGUCCCGGCCACCGGUUAGUAGACUAUGGCGAAGCACCCUUUGGCCCCCAUGGCCGGCCGUCCGCAAGGGCCUCUCUCGACGUCCUAUGACGAUGUAGCUUGCUGCGUUGCCUACUCGUUCUCCAGGGUGUGCAAGUAAGCCUUGAUCCAUUGGCCAACAAGCAGAAGCUUCCUUAAAGACAGGCCAAGCCCCCAGUUCGUCGACUUGCCGAUCCAUACAUACGUCCUUUGCACGUAUGGUCGCCAGUCGCGAGGUUCUCACCUCGUCUGCGCUGGACCACUCGAACCUCAUAUUAGCCGCCCGUUGUUGAGCUGAGACAAUGGACCAAGCAACCCUGCCGAAGCUGACCAUCCCGGCGUCGUCCGCCUCGCCGUCUGCCGCCAGCGCCAACACGCAGACCGGCCGGCCUCCGCUAUGGACCAAGUCGGCUCAGCGCAAGAUGACGCGCCUCUACGUCUAUACCACGUUGCCGCUCGACACCAUCGUCAAGCUCGUUCACUGUCAGACGCCCGAGUUGGCGCCUGGCAUCGACUCAGCAAACAAGAAGCUAAACGCAUUGCUCGACAAAGAGCCCCGAUGGCUUCACCCGCGCACUCGGGCUGACAUGGGCCGCCGUAUCGCGCAGCUCUCCAACUCGCCAUCCAGACUCGCCUCGGCGUCGGCUGCGGCAUCGGACAUAGCAUCCCCACAGACCGACAACGACCAUGUCCGACUGUCUCCCAGCCCAGCUGGUAUCAAACUCGAGGCCAGCGCGAGCCCCAUGCCGUGGGACCUGUCACCUAUCAACCAUGGCCAGUCCAUCAGCCCUGCCCAGCACCAACACCAGCGUACACCUAGCGCCCAGAUCUUCGCGGCGGCAUCCCCAAUGCGAGCGAGCGGCGGUGCCCAUGCACCCGACACGGAUGCUUUAGACGAAGUCGCCUUCGGCUCUUUUCUUCGUCGUACUACCUGCCUCUCCUCCUCUACUGAUUGCACCACUGGUUCCUUCCAUCGUGUCCUGUCGGACUACACUGAGCCAUAUAUACGGACCGUCAAGAGACUCGUCAAGCGUUUCACCGCUCCAAUGAGCAACAGAUUCAGCAUAUCGCCCGUCUCGGCUGGGAUAACCCCGCGACAUCCAUGGCUAGAUGAUCAUCAAGGCCCACGGACCUUUGACGGCGAACCACACCCGCUCCCCGGCGAUUUCCUCUGGAUGGACAUGUGUCAGCAGGAGAACGCGCUCGAUUUUGCCCUGGAAUCCCAUCAACAGAUGCAGUGUAACUGCCUAUUCACCUUCGAAACAUAUUCGUCGCCAUGGAUGACGAUACUGGACCUGACGCGCGUCGGUCAACGCAUCUUGACUUCGGGGCCUAUUCGUGCCGAUAUCAGCCAGCGUGACUCCGCAGGCAACACCGUUCUGCAUUUUCUGGCUGCUCGCGGGCCGUUCGAACUUCUUAUUCAAGUCCUCCGAAGCGACAUGUGCCAACCCAUCCUCGAUGCCAGAAACUCGGGCGGCCAAACAUUCCUCCAUACCAUUCGUCGUGCCGAGCUCCAAAAUCUGGGACGGCUUCUCCGCCUCCUCGAAGUUGUGUUUGAGAAGGGCGCCGACAUAUACGCGCAGGACGUCUAUGGGCGCAACUUCUUCCACAUCUUGCACUUUGAGCACAUCGACAAUGAUGUCAUGGACUUGAUAAUGCAGGGCUACGAGGCGUCUAGGUACCGCAAAAGGGACGCGUUCGGCAUAGUGCCCCAGUCGCCGGGCGAAAUGGAGUUCGAUGAUCAUCGGACUGGCCGCACAUACGCACAUAACAAUGAUCUUGCCUUUGCAGAGGAAGGGCGUCUUUUGCAACACGUUUCCAAGGCACAGGAGAACCCCUGGUUGGAGAACGGAGGCGGUGGCAACGGCCUUCAUUCCCUCGCCAUGGCUACGCUAAGCAAUGCAAGUGUCUUACGGAAGUACCACCUGGUUGAAGACAGCCAUGAGGCACUGACUCCAUUCUCGCACAACUUUGACAACUCCCUUGACUCGUCAGAGCCAAGGCUGCGUUUUCGCCUCCAGCUCGUGACUGCGCUGCUCGACGCUGGAGUCGAUGUCAACCAGUACGACAAGAACGGCAAUACACCGCUCAUGGUAUUUGCUGCCGAACUUCCGGAAGAGAACGAUUAUAAGACUGGGCCAAAGAUCAUCGACGAACUUAUACGCAGGGGUGCCAACGUCCGGGCAAGGAAUCGAGCCGGCGAGACAGCUCUGCACAUCGCAGUACGGUGUGGGCGGAAGCUAGCGAUGAAGGCGCUCGUGAAACACGAAGCCAACGUCCAUGCCAAGGACGCCGAUGACCGAAGCGUCCUCGAUGUUGCAGAUGCCAAGAUGAUGAACGCCCGACACGAUGAUCCAAGCGAAUACGCGCACUAUGAGGCAUGUCGCGCCUGGCUCAGCAGCAUCAGGGGGCUCGCGGUGCAGAGGCCGACCGUCACCGAGGAAUGGGGGCUAUGACGAAAAUUUCAGGGACGGGACCAUGGCCAACCUUACUCAUUUAAGCGGCGUUUUACGGUGGUUAUAUAGAUGGGUGGCAAGUGCCCAAGAUACCCCCCGGACAGCAUAGAUAGACUACAUAGAAGGAGUUGCAUUCUACAUGAAUACGUACAAUGUCUCUACG